AUGCGCCCGCACCGCCCGCUCGCUUCCCUUCUACGCGUCUUCGGAUCGCCCGCAAGUGCCGCGCUCCCAUCCACACUCGAGGCGCCACACCGAUUGGUCAGUGCACUCAGAGCAGAUUUCAGGACACGUGGCGCUUCUACAGCAUGCCAGGUGGCUUUCGAAGCCACUCGCGUAUGCGAGCGAUCGAGCGCCAGCACAAUUGCCUCUGAAUGCGAUACAUAUGGCGCUGCCGUGGCGAGCGCGGCUGCGCGCGGGGCGUCUUAUAGCGAACAGUCUUGUAGCGAGGCGUCUAGAGAGCCCGCGUCUCAAGGUCGGCGCGGGGCGGCGGAGAGUGCAGAAUCGGCGGAGAAGACGCGCGGAUGGACGGUGGCUGUGGAGGGAAACAUCGGAGUGGGGAAAUCAACGGUUCUGAGUGCUCUGGGCGCACGAUUAAACAGUGACGUGGCAUUGCGGAGAGCUGUCACUGGCGGUGCUGACGUGGCGCUUCAGCCCGAGCCGCUGCGGGAGUGGCGCAACGUGCGGGGCAGCGGGGAAAAUGCACUGGACGCGUUUUAUAAAGACCCCAAGAGGUUUGCCUACACCUUUCAGAGCCUGGUCUUCAUCUCCCGGGCCUCCCAGUACCGCCACGGCUUGCAACAACACCCCUCUGCUCUGCGCCUCUGCGAGCGCUCCCUCUUCUGUGAUCGCCUCGUGUUUGCACCAGCAGCAGUGGCGGGGGGGCUGUUUACACCGCUUGAGGAGGCGCUCUACGAUUCCUGGGUCGAUGCCGUGCUGCCCAUGCUCCCAGGCGUGGUACCCGAUGCCUUCAUCUACCAGAGAGCCGAUCCCUCUGUCUGCCUGCAGCGCCUGAAGCAACGCUCUCGCUCAGAAGAGACCUCCGUUGACUUGCCGUACCUGCAGCGCCUGCACGAGUUGUACGACCGCUGGUUCCUGGAAGGCUCUCACCGGACAGAUCCGGAACAUGCGGCAGCAGCCCCUUCCUUCCGUGCCACUUUGGACGGAGCCUUGACACACAGUGCACUCGAUGGCGUGCCGGUGCUGGUGGUGGAUUGUAACCAACACAUGCAGCAGUGCGAUGGUGAUAUUGUGGAGCCCCGUGGAGACAUGGGUGAAGGAGGGGAAAGGUUGGGGAAAAGGGCAAUCAUGGGUUCGGGGUCGGGGGUAGCAGAGGCGUUGCCAGGAGCGAAGAUGGGCCGCGCGAAGCGGCUGAAGCCGCGCAUGUGGAAUAACGCACCUAUUUCUCAAGUGUUGCGCAUCCCCCCCACUCCGUCCCCCCUUUCCCCUGCGCCAGAUGGGGCGCGCGAAGCGUUUGAAGCCGCGCAUGUGGAAGAGCGCGUUCGACGCGGAGGGGCGUCUGGUGCGCAUGCCUCAAGUGCUGAAAGCGAUUCUCGAAGGGAGUCUAUCCUGUCACUUCUCUCCUCUCCUCUCCUCUCCUCUCUUCUCCUUCGCUUCUUGUCCCCUUCGCGCUCUCGCUCCCCUGUGCGCGCGCAGGCAGUGGACACGUCCAUACGCGGCGAGGGAGUGGACAAGUCGAUACGGGGCGAGGUGUGGGAGUUCCUGCUCGGCUGCUUCUCCCUCGAGUCUACUGCGGAGGAGAGGAACUACGUGCGCGAGGCCAGGAGAGAGCGUUACCAGCAGCUGCUGCUGCAGUGCCAGCAGAUGCACAGCAACGUGGGCUCGGGUCACCUGGCCUUUGCUGUGGGAACGCGUAUCAUGGACGUGCGCAUUAUCCACCCCGGAAACACCCCGGGCAACUCAGGAACUACCCCCGGAAGCAGCACCGCCAACAUCCCGUCCCCAGCCACCACGUCUCCUAGCGGAGAAGCAGGGGGGAGCGGGGGGGGAGGAAGAGCGGGGGGCGGGAGCAGCAGCAGGAGCAACACUCCCCCCGAUCGAAGCGUGCUAGGGGGUGCAGGGGCCAGAAGCUCAGCCAGUGGGGGAAGCAGCGACUUGCGAUAUCCCCCUUCUAGACAGUACUCUGAGAGGGGAUCUGCUGGGAGUUCCACUCAGCUUAGACUGGAUCAGCUUAUAGAGGAGGGUGGGCCUCGACUGAGCUCAUCCGGUGGUGCUUUCAGUGCUUCUGGGUUUUCCACCUCGUCCUCCCACCCGUCUGCAGGUACCGCUCUGCACCACAGGGCACCGGUUCAGGACCACUACAGGUCGUCUGAAUCCCAGAAGCAACAGUAUUCAGAUGUGCCUCUAGCAAAGAGUUUUAGUAGUAGCCUGCCGGCUGUGGGUGGGGAGGGGGAUGUGGGUUCGCCUAUGCAUGCCGUAUCUGGUGCUGACAGGUGGCACGCUGUGAGUGGCGGAGUGGGUGGUGGAGGCGGGGGGAUGGGGCAGGGAGGGGAAGGGGGAGAGGAUGAGGGGGUGGAGGAGGGGGCAGGGGAGGGCGGGUGGGAGGGCAGGGAGGGUGGGGCGGGAGGGGCGACGGAUGGGGGAGCGGGGGGGAGGAGGCUGGGGAAGGAGGGGCGGCCGCCAGCGGGGGAGUUGGGGGGAGUGGGGGCGGCGCAGGGGGCGCACAAAGGAGGGGGAGAAGGGGGAGCGGGCGCAGCGUGGGUGAGGGGGAUGAAGAAGGCGCAUAAGAAGCUGAUAGGAUACCUUGGCGCAUCAGACAGCUUCGGGGGGAGGGAAGGGGUUGGGGCGGGGGGAGGAGUGGGCGUGGGGACAGGAGGAGGGGGACAGGGAGACGGAGGAGGAGGGGGAGUGCUGGGCGGGGGAAAGGUUGUGGGGAAGCUAGGGGGAGAGGGGCAUGAAGGGGGAGUGCUGGGCGGCGGAGGGGGAGGAGCAGGGGGAGGGAGGGCGGGCGCAAGGAGACGGCUCCGGAAGGUGCUGAGUGCGGAUUGGGGGAGCACGUCAUUGGACGAGCUGCUGGGCGGCAAGGGCUUGGCUGCUAGCGCGAGCACCAACCUUUCGUCAUCGUCUAGCCAACCAACCCGUCCGUCCACUGCUGCUGGCAGCACUGCUGGCAACGCUGGUGGCAAUGCUGCUGGCAACGCUGCUGGUCUAGCUAGCUCUGGUACUCCUAUCCCUGGCCACCUUUCCACUCACUCUCACUCCUCCACCCCUCCCCGGUCCACUUCCUCUGCUGCAGCCUCCCCGUCCCCCUCCUCCGCGCUCCUCCCGCCCUCCUCCUCCUCCAUCCUCUCCCACCGCCCUGACAGUGCCGGCUCCUCCUCCUCCUCGCGCCGCUCCCGCAGUGCUGGCAUGACCCUGGUUGACUUUGCAGGAAUCACUGCGCCUUCGCCUGAGCCUGUAGCGGGGGCUGUAGCGGGGCCGGUGGCAGGGGCUUUAGCGGGGCCUGUAGCGGGGUCUAUGGAGGGGGGAGAGGUGUGGGGGAUGGUGCGGAGUGGUAGCCAGGGGUUGGGGCAGCAUGGGCGGGAGAGUGCGCUGGGGAGCAGGGAGCGGAUGAGCUUUGGGGGAGGUGGGGAUAUUGUGGAUGGGCGGGAGAGAGACAAGGGGAGGGAGGGAGAGGGGGAGCGGGAGGGGGAGAGGGAAGGAAAGGAUGAGCGUGAUGUGUGGGAAGCGCUGCAGGCACGCAGUUCAUUGAGUGGUGGUACUGCUGCCAGUGGUGCUGCUGGUGGUGAUGGCCCUGCUGCUGCUGGUGCUGUUAGUGUUGGUGUUAGUGGUGUUGACGAUUUUACUGCUGGUGCUGCUGGUGGUGAGCGUGAGAGCGCGGAAGAUGCUGAUCCUGCUCCUAUAGCUGCAGGGUGCGCCAUUGGCCGCAGUGUGGGGGGAAGGGGGGCACCAGGGGAGGCGUCACUGCGUGUGUGGUACAGUGGGGGGGAGGGGAGGGCGGAGGGUAGGGGAGCGGAACGGGCACCUGAUGGGGCAGGUAGGCUGGAAGGGGUUCGAGAAGGGAGGGUGGGGGAGGAUAGAGGAGCAGGGGCAGUAGUGGGGCCGUCACCGCUACCAGCAACCGCUGCUGUUGCUGAUGCUGCUGCUGGCGCAGGUGUUUUAGGAGGGGUAGGAGCAGCAGGAACAGCAGAGCGAGUGGGGACAGAUGCUAGAGGCGCAGUGGGGGGAACAGAGCAGGAGCAAUCACGAGAAGAGGUUGAGGGACCGAGCACACCCAAAGGAAUGGGGGAGGGCAGGGCAACAGCGCGAGCAGGGAAGAGCAGAGUAACUGCGCAAAGAGGGGCGAGCAGAGGGGAAGAAUCGGGAGGGGUGAGUGGUGAGAAGGGCGAUGGGGAGGGACAGGGCAGCAUGGAGCAAGGAGCAGGAGCAGCAGGAGCAGGAGGAGCAGGAGGAGCAGGAGGGGGAGGAGGAGAAGGAGGGGCAGGUAUAGGCGUGGAGGAGAGUGUUCUAGAGGGCAUUCACACGAGUGCAAGCACAGGAGGGGGCAGCCAAGCAGCAGAGCAGAGGCAGAGCAUUCUGCAGGCUUACAUGCAGAGGAAAAGCUUCAAUGGAAAGAAUCCUACAGCUGAGCAGGUGUGGGCUUGGAUUCUAGGCCAUGAUGAUGAGGAGGAGGGGGAGGGGGGGGUGGAUGGGAGAGGAGAGGGAGGAGCGGAGGCGAGGGGAGGCGCAGGUGGUGGGAGUGAGAAGGGGAGCAGAGGGAGCAGGGGGAGCAGGGGGAGUAGGGGGAGCAGCGGAGGGGUGGAGAGGGAUGGGGAGGAGGGUGGAGGGGGGGGGGGGUGGGGAGGGGAGAGGGAGGAGAGGGAGGAGAUGGGGUGGAGGAGAGUGGGAAGGAGGAGGAGGGCAAGGGGGGCGAAGGGGCAGAAGGGGGAGAGGAGGAAGGAGGGCAGAAGGCGCAGUAUGCGAGGGGGCGAAGGGGGAGGGGAGGAGGAGGGAGGGCAGAAGGCGCAGUUGACGGUUGAUCCGGUGGUGGCUGCAAGGCUGGGUGUCACGGUGGAGCGUGUUGCUGAUUGGCUGUGGACGCUGCAUAAGAUAUCGGUGGAUGUGGAGCGCACAGACACACACAUGGCGUUCUAUCAAGCAGAGAGGAAUCGCGCCACCAUGUGUGACAUCCUGGCCGUGCACGCCUGGAUCGACCCCGCCACUGGCUUCUGUCAAGGCAUGUGCGACAUCCUCUCGCCAUUCAUCAUGCUCUACGCCCAUCCUGCUGACGCCUUCUGGUGUUUUGAGUGCCUCUUCUCCCGCAUUCGCCACAACUUUGUAUUAGAGGGGCCGGUGGGCAUCCUGCGGCAGCUAGCGGUGCUGCGGGACGUGGUGGCGCUGGUGGACCCCGAGCUGGCCUCGCACCUGGAGGAGCUGGGAGCCGACAACUUCAUGUUCGCCUUCCGCAUGCUGCUCGUGCUCUUUAGGAGAGAGCUGCCACUUGUGGACGUGAUCGUCAUGUGGGAGAUGAUGUGGGCGGCGGAUUUUGACUCGCGAAUGGCAUCAGUGCUCCUCCAUCACCCCCCUGAGGGUCUCAACCUGGUCGCCGAGCCGCACACCUGGUCCACCGGUCCCCUCCCCCCCCUCGACUCCCCCACCAACGACGCCGCCACCACCCCCGUACCGUUCUCCACCGCUUCCAACCAAGGCUCGGGGUCGUCUCUAGGGGGGUUUGACGUGAUGGGGCUGGGCGGGGGGAGGAGAGGGGGGAUAUGGCGGUCCGGGCAGCUGACGGCACAGGAUGUGGAGGGAGGGGCGAGUUUGAUGUCUCAGUGGGGAGAGGCGCGAGUGGGAGAUGAGGAUUUGGCGGUGUUCUGUGUGGCGGCCAUUCUGAGGGUCAACCGGAAGAGACUGCUGCUUGUGGAAGGUUCUGACGAAGCUAUUAAGGUGGGUCCUGGCUCUUGA